CGCUCAAUAUUCGAACGGGCCGCCAUGCGCCGUCCGUCCAUCAAUCCAUCCCCACCGUUUAUUUACUCCCCGUCACUCUCUUAAUCCUUCGCCCAUCGCCAUGCAAUUUCCCCGCACAUUUUCUCUCUCUAGAAACGCUCUGCUUCCCUCUCCUCCUCUUUCGUGGUCUGAGGAACUUUGAGCCCACCCCACCCCCCCUAUAUCUCAGGCUCUCGGUCUGCGUGUGUGAUCAGCGAGUGGAGUGGAAAGGAGGGACAGUCCAGGAGAUGUCGCGGACUUGCUCGCAGUGCGGGAACAACGGGCAUAACUCGCGGACCUGCGCUGCGGACGGAGGGGCCGGCGGCGCCGCGGAGGGGGCUGGCGGCAUCAUGCUAUUUGGGGUGCGUCUGAUGGAGGAGGAGUCGGCUUUUAGGAAGAGCGCGAGCAUGAACAACCUCUCUCAGUACGAGCACACCCUGGAGACCUCCAACGCCGUCGACGCCGGCUACGCCUCCGACGACGUCGUUCACCCCUCCGGUCGCAGCCGUGAGAGGAAGAGAGGAGUUCCAUGGACGGAGGAAGAGCACAGGCUGUUCUUGCUGGGGCUCCAGAAGGUGGGGAAGGGGGACUGGAGAGGGAUCUCGAGAAACUUCGUGAAGACGCGGACGCCGACCCAGGUUGCGAGCCACGCCCAGAAGUACUUCCUCCGGCGGAUCAACCAGAACCGCCGCCGCCGGCGGUCCAGCCUCUUCGACAUCACCACCGACUCGUACUUUGGGGUUUCCAGUUCUACAAUGGAGGAGGGUCAUCAAGCGCACCAAGUACCAAGCUUCCCUCUUUCCUUGCCUCCGGCGGUUUCGCCGGGAACCGGCGAGAAUCUGCUGGAAAAUCUGCGGCUGGGAAAAGAGGGCCACCCAUGGAAGCCCAUCCGUCCGGUUCCGGUCCUCCCUAUCCCUCCGUCUUCGAAAAUGGCCGCUCUCGACCUCAACAAGGCGACCGUGGCUCCGGAGUCGGCGGAACCUUGGCCUCUGUCUCUCAAGCUCGCCACGGCGGUACCCUCCGACGACCAGCAGGCGGUAUCGGCGCCGGCGACAACCCCGCACUCGUCCCCAACCAACAGCAUCAUCAGCGUCGCCUGAGGAAUCAAAAUGUCUUGUCGGGGUCAUUGUCAUUCAAGAGGGUAUCCAUAGAUUGCCAAAUGAUUGGGCGGCAACGUCGCUAAAUGGUGGGCGGCGGGGGGAUCUUCUUGCGUAGAUUAAAGUAGAGAAUUUAGACUUAAAAGAGGGUUAAGUAGGAGUAAUUUGUCUGGUUUGUACAGAUUUUAUGUCGUUAAAGCUAGGGAAACGUCUAAGUGGGAGCGAAGAUGCGGUGUCGUUUUCGUGGUGGUGGUCCAGUUGGUCCGGGUUGCUCUUUCUUGGGUAAAUGGGAGAGGACCCGGUACUGUCCCGUUAUUGGUCCGGCUUGCUUUGGGGAACCCUCAAACUUAGGAAAAGAAAAUAUGUGUCCGUGAAUAUUCUUGUCUAUAAGUCUCUGCUUCCUUUCCCUUUUUAUUUAGAAUAUUUUUGGGUGUACAAUAUGUUACAUGAUGGCAUUAGAAAUCUAUCUCCAUGGUUUUUUCUUC